GGCGGUGGCGCUUGGCGAGGGCUGUCUGUGGCUGGCCGCGCACCCCUCCCGCUCGACCCCGAGACCCUGCGGCUGAGCCUCAUUUUCCUCUCCUUGUAGGAGCGGAGCACGCCCCGCACGGGGCACCCCUACGGUGCAGCCCCAUUGCUGGCCUGGGGGCGGGUCGCAACUAUUGGGACGGGACGGAGCGGGCUCGGGGAUCCCCACCGCCCCAGGACCCGGUGCGUGACUGACCCACCCGUUCCCAGAGCCCCCCGCGCAGGCCGGGAUGUUCGUCCUGGUGGAGAUGGUAGACACCGUGCGGAUCCCCCCGUGGCAGUUUGAGAGGAAGCUCAACGACUCCAUUGCCGAGGAGUUGAACAAGAAGUUGGCCAACAAGGUUGUGUACAACGUGGGACUCUGCAUCUGCCUGUUUGACAUCACCAAGCUGGAGGACGCCUAUGUGUUUCCGGGGGACGGUGCAUCACACACCAAAGGUGGGUGCCCUCCUUCUGGGCAUUGGGUUUCUUGGGGCUCAGUUUUCUGUAGGGGGGGCUCCUGGUCAGGGUGUUGGGAGACCUGGGGCCUAGUCCUGACUCUGCCAGGAAUUUACUGGGUGACAUGGGCAGAAUCUUCCCCUCUCUGGGCCUCGGUUUCCUAUCUAUAA